AUGCCGCUGCUCGGAUCCACGCCGCUGCCGCAUCUCGGACCCGCGCUGCUGACGCAUCUCGAGCCCACGCCUCUGCAUCCCAAGCCCGCCCGAGGCCGCCUCUUGGGCCCGCACCGGAUCCGGGACCCUCCUCACCGGAUCAAGCUCUUCCUUGCAGAAUCAAGCUCCUCCAUGAGGAAGAGAGCACCGGGCGAGCUUCGCCAGUCUUCCACUCUUCCCCCAAAACCCCAAACUCCUCUGGUCCUCCUUCCUCUCCGCCGCCGCCGCUCCCCGACGCCCGGAGCCGAGCAUGCCGGACGCCUUCCACUCCCUCCUCCCCUCAAACGGAAGCGCAAAUCCAAGCGCGGCCGCAGACACAGUCACCCAAAGGAGAACCACCUCGCCGCCUCCACUGGAGACCCGUCCUUCCACCUGAAAAGCUCCACCUCCGCCUCCUCCAGAGACAUCGGAUGCCUCGUGGAGCCGCUCGGCAACCUCUUCCUCUCUGGCACCCCGCGCGGCAACCUCCGGGACGCGGGGCUGGGCGCGCUCCGGCCGCUCCCGGACGACCUGCUCCUCGACGUCCUGGGCCUGCUCCCGGCGCGCGACCUCGCGGCGCUCUCGGUCGCGUCCAAGGCGCUCUACGUCGUCGCCUCCCACGACCCGCUCUGGCGGGCGCUCGUCCUCGACGAGCUCGGCGGCGCGUUCGACAUCGCCGGGUCCUGGCGCGCCACCUACAUCGCCGCCGCCUCCCGCGGUGGCCAGGCCUACCUCAUCCCCCCGCGCGCUCUGAGAAUCAAGGGAUUCUACCAGGGGCGGAUCCAGAACGGGGCUGCGCCCCGAGCUGAGCUGCUGAUUCACGUUAAAAACAGUAUGAUCUUAUUUUCUAGGCCUCCUUUAGGCUAA